AUGAAGCCGCUGCGGCAUACUCGCGAGAAAAGGCCGGGGAAAUUGUCCAUCGCAGAUCAAACAUCUGCGUCCACGAAGAGAAUCAACGUCAAUUGGGUGAUCAUGACUGCCACAUCUGUCCUCGUCGCUGCCCUCGCCCUUCUGGGUUCAUCAGGCGCAGAGGCCAGCAAUCUUCCGGCGCAAGCGCAGUUGAUCAAUCAAAAGGCAUUCAACGUGCUCAACAACACCCAACCACCUGCUGUGUUCAAUGCAGACAAUAUCUUUGUCCCUCCCGGACUCACUGAACAGGCUCUAACCAAUCGACCCUUCCACGUCUACGAUGAAGAAUUCAUGAAGAUUAUUGGAAGUCAUCCGACAUUGACACGAAUCGCGCAUUCGCCCAAGAACCCUUUAUAUCACGAAGCUGUGGUUUGGUCGAAAAAAACGGAUGAGGUCUUCUUUGUGCAGAAUGCGGGCGCCAAAACCUCCGGCACAGGGUUGAACAAGUCGGCCAUAAUCGAGAAGAUUAGUCUUUCCGAGGCGGCGAGGUACUACAAUCAGAGUGAUGCCGCUGGUCGGGUCAAUGUGGUUACUGUCCCUUCAUCGCCGAUGGUGAUUAACCCUAAUGGCGCAACCAACUACCGCGGAGAAAUCGUCUUUACCGGGGAAGGCCAGGGUAACAGCUCACCCCCUGCCUUGUGGGUCAUGAACCCUCAAAGUCCUUACAACACGACUGUCCUCCUGAACAACUUCUUCGGACGCCAGUUCAACUCCCUGAACGAUGUUGCUAUUCAUCCCAAAAAUAAAGAUGUCUAUUUCACCGACACCAUCUAUGGCUAUGUUCAGGAUUUCCGCCCAUCCCCGGGUCUGCGGGACCAGGUAUACCGAUUGAAUCCCAGCACUGGUGCCGUUACUGUGGUGGCGGACAACUUUGGUCACCCCAAUGGUCUCACCUUCUCACCCGACGGUAAGCAUGCCUAUGUGACCGACACGGGCAUCAAUUACGGGUUCUAUGGAAUGAACUUCACUCAGCCUGCUUCCAUCUACCGCUUCGAUGUGAAAGAGGACGGUACUUUGGAAAAUCGCAAGACUUUUGCAUUCGUGAGCCCUGGUGCUCCUGACGGUAUUCACUGUGAUUCCAAGGGCAACGUCUACGCCGGCUGUGGAGAUGGAGUGCAAGUGUGGAAUCCAUCCGCUAAACUCAUUGGCAAGAUCUUCCUUGGCUCGACGACCGCGAAUUUCCAGUUCGUUGGACAUGGCCGUAUGGUGAUUUGCGCGGAGACGGAUCUGUAUUACGCCACCGUGGCCGCUGAUGGGAAUUAUGUAGAGAGCGAGAUGUGA